CCCAAAACCUCUGGACGAUUGGGAAGCAUCUCAUCUUCUUCUUCUUAUUUUUUUUUACACAGAUAUCAGUGAUUACGAACCGACCUGCACGAAUUUGGGAGGGAGAGAAAAAGGCGAUCGAUUAGGGUUUUGUUGUUGUGGCAGAUAUGAGUUCGGUGGAAGGUGUAAUAGCGCAGAUCCUUGGUUUAUCAGGAAGUUCCAAGGACCUAUUUUCCCUCCAUGAAAUUUUGAAAGGAGAAGAAGAGUCGCUUCGAGCCCACUCGGCUGCUUUGCUUCCUUCCCUUGAUCAGCUUGACCCAUUGAAGCAUUCUCUUGGCUUCCUCUAUCUCCUCGAGGCGGGCACUUAUGGCCCGGUGUCUAAGGAGGAGGCUUCUACUGUGGUUCUGAUAAUUGCAAGGUUCAUCAGUUCAUGUGAUGGUGGGCAGAUCCGGUUAGCAAGUGAAAAAUUUGCUUCCGUUUGCAAGAGAUUGAAGGAUCACGUUUUGCUGCUUGGAGAGCCCUUGCGAGGGGUGGCUCCAUUGUUGACUGCUGUUCGCAAGGUUCAGCCCUCCACUGAACGUUUGACCUCAUUGCAUCCGGACUUUCUUCAGCUAUGUUUGCUGGCAAAGUGCUACAAGACCGGUUUCUCUAUUCUUAAUGAUGACAUCACAGAGAUUGAUCACCCGAAAGACCUUUUUCUCUAUUGCUAUUAUGGGGGAAUGAUAUGCAUUGGACAAAAGAAAUUUCAGAAAGCGUUGGAGCUUCUUCACAAUCUUGUGACUGCUCCAAUGAAUUCCAUCAGCGCCAUAGCUGUUGAGGCAUACAAAAAGUACAUAUUGGUGUCUCUCAUUCACCAUGGACAGUUCAGUAACAGUCUCCCCAAGUAUGCAUCUACAGCAGCUCAGAGAAACCUCAAGAACUUGUGUACGCCUUACGUUGAACUGGGAAAUUGUUACAACGAGGGAAAGAUUGCUGAACUGGAGGCAUCAAUUCAGGCAAACACUCUAGUGUUUGAAGCUGACAAGAACAUGGGGUUGGUAAAGCAAGUAAUCUCAUCCCUCUACAAAAGGAACAUCCAGAGACUGACUCAGAGAUACCUGACGCUGUCGCUUCAAGAUAUAGCCAACACAGUGCAACUUGGUAGUGCUAAAGAGGCAGAAAUGCAUGUGCUUCAGAUGAUACAGGAUGGUCAGAUACAUGCAAUUAUCAACCAGAAGGAUGGUAUGGUAAGAUUCUUGGAGGAUCCUGAACAGUACAAAACCUGUGAAAUGAUUGAGCACAUCGACUCAGCUAUCCAAAGGAUGAUAGGGCUGUCAAAGAAGCUGGUAGCCAUGGAUGAGAGCUUGUCAAGUGACCCUUUGUACUUGGGAAAGGCGGGAAGAGAAAGACAGAGGUAUGACUUUGGGGACGAUUUCGAUUCUGUUCCUCAGAAGUUCUGCAUGUGAAUGAAACCAAACCUCUCCAAGGAGUUGGGAGAUAUGUGUUGCCUCCCGACUUAUGUCUCUGUCCGUCCGUUUCCAUGUGGUUGUUUUUCCUUUUAAAUAUCCUUCUUUUUUUGUUUGUGUGCUAGAUUGAUGUCGUUGAAUUAAAUAAUUUGGUUUA